GUUGGCCUUUAUAAUCUUCACCAGCUGCAAGCCUUGGAAGAUUCAGCCAUAGUGUACUCACAGCAGCCAAUAAGCAGUAGCUUCAUCCAGCCGAAAUCGUCGAAGAUCGGCAGUUUGAACCUUGGUGAGCCAUGGUUCUUGGAAGAGGCCGUUCCCAACAUCGGCAACAAGCCAUAAGGGCGAACAAUGCCAUCAAGGAGAACCAGAAACUCAGGGAAGAACUCAGGAGAACGGAAACCAUAGUAUCAAUUUAUACCAAACAUCGCUGGUGGAUGGAGGAGCAAGCUUCCAGGUCUUAUGAGAUGAUUAGGUUCACCGAGUACAGGCCUUCACAGAUUCAUCGUGUAGUCAAUGACCGAGAUGCAAUUUUUCUUGGAAUUGGUAGUUAUGGGUCUGUUCUUCAGUGCAAAAUUGGUGAGAAGACUGUUGCUGUAAAGAUUCCCAAUAACAGAGACAGCCGCAAACCUCUGCCAAGCAUGCGAGAGUUUAAUCAAGAGGUUGCCAUCCUCAAAAAGAUCCGGCAUCAAAAUCUUGUCACCCUCAUAGGAGCAUGUCCAGAGAGACAGAUACUCAUCUACGAGUUCUUGCCUAAUGGCUCCCUGAAAGAUCACCUCACUGAAAGUGGACAAAGGAGGAGGUUCACAUGGAAAAGACGAGUGAGAGCUGCCUCCAGCAUAUGCUCCGCUCUCAUCUUCCUCCACAACACCGAGCCCUACCCAAUCGUCCAUGGUAAUCUCAAAACGAGCAACAUCCUCUUCAGCAAAGACAAUGUAUGCAAGCUUAGCAACUUUACCAUGUCCCAUCUGCUGCAAUACACUUCCAAACCUGUCUCGUUUUGGGGUGGUGUUAAGGGAUUUGCAAGAAUGUUGAUUGGUUCUGACACCCACAAGACUCAGUUAGAUGUGUCCGCUCUGGGCAUUAUACUUUUGCAACUUGUUACAGCACAAGAACCAAAGGAUUUGAGAAAGAAUGUGCUCAGCAAACUAGGAGAUAUUAUACGAUUCCAAGGAAAGAGCAUGGAGCAGCAACAUGAGGUCCUAAAAAGCAUUGUGGAUCCUGACCUGAAGAAAUGCCAGUUAGAUGACGCCGCAGAGAUGCUGUUCCUGGGAUUGAAAUGCAGUGAUCCAAAUGAGAAACAUCGUCCAGACCUCGCAGCUGAUGUGUGGCCACUCAUCGAGGAAAUGAAGAGCAGUGCCUCUCAUCGUCAGGGUUGAGUGAAGCUGAGGAAGCUCUAUCUCUUGAAGCAAGAAGAAUAAACUACAAGAUUACUCAACUUGUGUGGUGUGAAAUCUCCCCUCUCCUGAAAUUUGUGUGGCAAGCAAAGUGCUCCACGGAUAUGAAACUUUCUUUGUGUAUUGUGUUUAUGUUGAGUUUUGCAAAGUUGAGUUUAUGUUCAGUUCACAA